AAUUUUUUCUGACAAGCUAAAUCGAGAUAAUCCUUACGCAACCUUAAUAACAGAAUGCCUGAACUGGGUGAAUUUCUGUCCUGACGCAGAUGUGAGUAUGAUGCCAUUUACCACCCCUGUACAGACAGCACGCUUCCGUAGAAUUGUAAUGCAGGACACAAAUGACCCAACCUUUGCCAACGAUGGCGGAACAACCUUCAGAGAAUAUUUGGAUAAUUGUAACGAAUGGCAAGAUUAUCUUCGUGCCCUAUUUUACGUGUAUCACAAGCGGCAUGAAACCGGAACGUCCAAUUCAUCAAAAUUACCAAUUUUGAAAGAACUGGGCAACAAAUUUCAGCUACGGCUGCGUGAUGGCUUCCGUAAUGAGAAUAGAAUUGUUUUCUUCAAACAAGCUGUUAAUCGACGAAGGGUGACAAUGAUAACUGGUCUUGAACGAUACAUGGAAUGGGUGGCUGCAUAG